ACUGCGCUUGAUAUUUCUUGAAUGCAGGGGUCCAGACUCAUAUAUGAAGCCUCUUCCCUACUUUCUCUCCGCCUCCAAAUGCCAAGAGAGAGAAAAUUAGAGGGAGAAAUCUCACACAUACAGGGAGAACAAAAGCAUUGUAUACAGACAGACAGUCAAAUUCAUUGUCUGUUAUGAUGGAAUCGUCUUCAUCAACUUCAAAUUUCGAAGCCAACUUGAACCGACUUCAAGAAUCGAAGAUGAUCAAAAAGCUAAGGGAGGUCGGGAGCGAAGAAAAUCAAGCGGAAGAGGUGGUGAAAAUAGAGAAAACCAGAUGGAAGAGUGAUGCCGAGCAACAGGCAUACUCUGUGAAUCUCAUCGAAGCCCUCAGUCAAAGAAGCCAAGGGAAUUUGUCUCGGAUGGCAGCAGUUUCUGCCGUCCGAGAGACCGCGGAUAGGCUGCUGGCCACCGCGGCCAAGGGGAGGACUCGAUGGAGUAGAUCAAUUCUUAUGAGUCGACUCAGGUUGAAACUCAACAAAAAUAAGCAUAAGAAGCAGAAGAAGCGAAAGGCAGCUAGAUUUAUCCAGUCAAAAAAGCCAGAGGCAAAGAAGCAAAUACCGGCAGUACAACGAAAAGCACGGUUUCUCAGCCGAUUAGUUCCCGGUUGCCAGAAACUAUCAUUCCUGAAUCUUCUAGAAGAAACCACGGACUACAUUGCAGCUCUAGAAAUGCAAGUCCGAGCAAUGACUGCGCUUGCUGGGCUUCUCACUGGUGCCUAAUUCUUAGCGGCACCUUCUCACCGGCCUGGCUCUAGCUGUUCCUAGACGUGCUAGCUAGCAUGCCAAUAGAUAUAUUCUUACCUUCACAUAAAUUAAAUAUAUAGAUAAAAAAAAGCUCAUAUUAUUACCAUUAAUCGUACUGAAACUUCUUUUUUGAGUUCUUAAAUAAAUUCAACGUUUGUUAUUGUGUA